AUGUCGACGGGCCGAAAGGUGUUCCACUGCGCUGUGGACGACACCGUUCUGACUACGAACAUCAGUGAGAUCAAGAAGUGGACGUCGAAUGGAGCCAUCACUCUUUUUGUGCCUCUCUACACCCUCGAACGCCUCCGAGCGCCGAAGCGCGGCGGAUCUCAGCUGGCCAUCAACGCCCGUGAAGCCGUUCGUUUUCUCGACCGCGUGACAUCCGGUAAAGACAGCAUUCCCCCCGAACGCAUUACCCUCCAAGGUCCUAUGGAGCAGUACGAGACCUGGGCCGAAGCGGAGAAGUUUUUCCUGCCGGAGUUUGAAGAAGAGCCGGAGGAAUCGCAUGAAGUUGUGGACGACGUUUCCACCUCCAAGGUGGAGGAAGAUGCGAAGCCCAACGGACACGCGAAAGGAGUCAAGGAUGACGAUCUUUCGCAGAUGCUGCUAAGCAAGCUAAACUUCAAGAAAGAGCCCGAUGCGGACUCGAUGCCUUCGACCGGCACGCAUAGCGGACCCGCCUCCCGAUCUUCAUCUCGAAGCUCUCACACUAGCCCGGAGUACGCGGAUGGCAAUGUUACGAAGUCUAAGUCGCAGCAGACUCCUGGCCACCAGCGCUCUGCGUCGAACUCCUCCAUUCCGGCAACCCCGACGGUCCUCCGGCCCCUGCUCAGUGCGCUCCUGUGGCGCCUGCACAGCAGUCCGGACACCACGGGCCCGGCUAGGAGCGUUAUCCUCGUCACUAAUGACCGAUUCACGCAGACAUGGGCUCAGAAGUUCGGGAUCACGACCAAAAACAUUCACCAGCUACGAACCGCUAUCCAAUACGAAGAAAAGGAGUACAAGAAUCGUUGUAAAUAUGCUGAGAAGAUCCAGGCGGCGGCGGCGGCUGAUCCCAAACCGCUCUUCUCCUACGAGAAUGACAGCGACGAGGACGAAUUGGUCUUCGUUCCCCGCGGUCGGGGCAAAGGAGCCGCCCGGGGCGUCAUUGGUCGGGGAGGAAACGGUCGCAAAUCCGCAGCGUCCAAGCCUGCUGUCGUUCCUCCAGUAGAGACAACUGUGGAAAUUCCAACCGAGCCGAUUGAUCCGGAUUCUUUCAACCGUUCGCUUGGCGUCUCUACCACAGCGAAGAAGCUCGCUGUUGAUCUGAGCUCUCAGGCUGGGGCAGCACGGGGACUCGCAGCUUCGUCUCGACGACAUGGCGGUGGACGUCGCGGCGGUGGUGCGCGAGGAGGCAGCUCCGGGCGUGGUGGCAGUCGUGGACGAGGCAAGUUGUGGGUUCCUUGA